UUCUUAUUUCAUCAGAAACGCAACGCAUCAGUGCUUAGCUUAUUGUAGUAAAUUUUUUGUCUUAGUUAUAAAAUAACAGUCGACAACGCUGGUUCUUGGGAAAAAAACUUAUACGCAGCAAUUAAUGCUCGAUAUCGUAAACGCAUUUCAAUAUUCAAAUAAUAAGUGGCAUUCGAUAAGAACAUAUAUAAACUGACGCAACUGAAUACAUUCGAAACGUAUUCUACAGGGAGUAAUAGUUCAUCUAAGUUCUUAAGUGGAUAUUUCAUCAUAAGAUUCACAGGUUUAAGUUUUACGUACUUUAUCCCCUUGUAAAUGCGGCCUUAAAAUAUAUGAAUAGGGGGAUACCAACUGUAUUUUCCUCAUAUAUUCUAAAGUUGUCCCAACGGAAGAGUAUCUUUCGAAUGAGUAGAGGGGGUCCGUAGUGCGACGAACACUCGUUGGGAAACUUAAGCUCAUUGUUUGGGUUCUAUGAAAAAAAAAAAAAAAACGAAAAAACACACCUAAAAGAAACCUUUGUUACAAUAUACCGCUGCCAUUAAGUAACAAACGGCUGUCGAAAAGAAUAAACGUAAAAGAACUUUGUUUAAAAUUUUGCAGACGCGCAGAGUCUACGAGGUAAUUUACUAGUAAGAUAAUUAAUUAAUUAUCCAUCAAAUAUAUUUAAUGGUUUUUAUUUUUCAAUAAGAAAUAGAUAUGGAUCACUUAUUACGAGAGACAAAUGCGACGCUUGUUCACGAUAUAUUUCAUCAAGUAACAAGUGAUGAAAAUUUUAUUAAAAGAUUAAUACCCCAUUUAAUAGCUAACGAAGAAUUGCCAAGCAUAAAGCGUGAGUCUAAAAAUGAAGCAACCGCUAAAAAAAAGUUAGAAGAAGGGAAUAAAAUGAUUUCAAGUGCACCGCUAGUAAAAUUGAUCGAAAUUUAUAGUGAGGCAAUAGCCUACGCACUACCUGGCUCAGAAUUAUUAGCACGUGGAUUUGCUAAUCGCUCGGCAGCACUAACGAAUGGGGGUAUGUAUAAAGAUUCUUUGAAGGAUAUAGAAAGAUCAUUUGAAGUCGGGUAUCCAGAUAAUUUAAAGGCUAAAUUAUAUGCUCGUAAAGCAAAGAAUUUGUUAGCUUUGAAUUCAAUGAUGCGCUCUGAAGUUGAUGACUCCAUUACCCAAGCAAAGAUUUGGGUAGAAAAAAUGGAUGAUGAUAAAAAAAAAAAAGUGGAAAACAGCUUAGAUCAACUGAAGGCAAAUGAAUCUUUUAAAAAACCUAUUAAACUUUGGGAAAGUAGUGAAUUUUUUCCUGAAACACCAGAUGAUAAUCCGAAAAUAUUGAGAGCUUCAGGUUCUAUUGACAUAAAAAAUUCUAAAACAUUUGGCCGUCAUAUUGUAGCUACCAAAGAUAUUAAGGCAGGUGAAACUAUCAUGGUACACAAAUAUUAUGCAUUCACACUAAAGUCUCAGUACAGAUAUCAAUAUUGCUGGAAUUGUUCGAGAUCUACUUGGAGUGGUGUCCCUUGCACUCAAUGUUCAAAUGUUAUUUACUGUAAUGAAGAAUGUCGUGAUACUGCUUGGCAAAACCACCACGACAUCGAAUGUCUAGCGAUCACAGCAAUUUUAGAUCAUAGUACAUUUAAUGAUUGUGUAGAGAAAUGUUUACUUUGCGUAAGAAUACUGGUAAAAGCUUUAAAAGAAUUUGAAACAGUUAACGCAUUGUAUGAAAAAGUCAACGAGAUUGAUUCAAUACACGACCCAAUUUUGAAAUUUUUCACUGGAAACGUUUACGAUGAUACAAAAUAUGCAAGCGUUCAUUCUUUAUUUCGAUUAAAAUUCAAUCCGAUUGUCACUAUGAGGUUGAGACUUCCAAUCGUUAGAAUACUAAUUCUGUUAAGUCGAACUACUGGAAUAUUUGGGAAAAAAUUUGAUGAUCCAACUGAGUUAAUGAAUAACCAAUGGGCAAUUUUCAUUGGGAACUUGAUGUUUAGGCAAAUCGAAAUAGUUCAGACGAAUGCAAUUAACAUAAUAUCAAACGAUCGUCAAGGAAAUCUCAUAAAUUGUGGCUUGUAUUUGGCACCACUUUUGGAUUUUUGUAGCCAUAGUUGUGACUAUAAUAUAUACUCACUACCUAUAGGAGACAUCAAUGCUGAGAUCGCAGUUCAGCCAAUCAAAAAAGGUCAACAAAUAUGUAUUACCUAUGGACCUCAUUAUCGGCAAUCACCAGCUGUUGAAAGAAGACAAUCGAUACAAAAAGAUUACAGAUUUUUGUGUCAAUGCGCGGCUUGCGUUAAUGGCUGGGGUCCAGAUUAUCGUUUUCCACCAUGUGCGGAACUACCGAAAGAAAUCGAAAAUGAGUUGUUUAGGAUUUCAAUGAAGUGCAACAACCAUAUUUCUAUAAUAGAUCGACGUAUAAAAGGUUCCGCUGAAGACAUUACUUCAAAUAAAAUUAUUGAAAUGAUUGCUGAUUUAUCAGCAAUGCUUAAUCUUUUAGGCCCCGACAGAUAUCCAUGUCAAGAAAUGAUAGUAGCAAAAACUGAAUUGAUUAACUUAAUCAAUUGCAUUAGAGCAUAUAUAUGAAUAAAAAUCCUAAAUAUAAGUUUGAGAAUCAGUAAAUUUUUUAACCCAAAAACACUUAAUACUUUGAAUCUCAAAAUAACUAAAUCACACUUUUUUAUCGCUACAAAUAAAUUUUUAAGAAGCACUGAGAAUUAUUUUUAUAAUGGCGAUUUAUAUACUUCAUAUAAAAUGUACGAAAUAUAAGUUAGUAAUUUAAAUCACUUCAUCAUCAAAAUGAAAAAAUAAAAUGUAUGAUGACCAAAGCUUUUAAAAUUAAUUAAAAAUUUUGUAUCCGUACUUAUUUCAAUUAUAUUCUUUAUCACAAUGACUAACGAUUAUGUU